AGCUCCCUGCUGCUGUUGCAUAUAUAGAUAGGUAUGGCCCUACAACUCGGUGCAGACAGAAGAGCCUGGAGACAGAGGAAACCUAAACUUUCUUCUUUGCUGGCUGCCCUCUACCCACUCCCACUAUGAAGAGGGAAAUAUUAACCUUGGCCUUUGCUCGAUCCGUCUUUGUCGAGUUCAUCUCCACGCUCAUCUUCGUCUUCAUCGGCCUCGGCUCGGCCCUGAAGUGGCCAUCUGCCCUCCCCAGCAUCCUGCAGAUCUCUCUGGCCUUCGGCCUGGCCAUCGGCACACUUGUGCAGGCGUUCGGCCACAUCAGCGGCGCCCACAUCAACCCCGCGGUGACCAUCGCCUUCUUUGUUGGGAACCAGAUCUCCUUCCUCCGGACGCUCUUCUACGUGAUCGCCCAGCUGGCUGGGGCCAUUGCCGGCGCUGGCAUCCUCUACGGCGUGACACCAGCCAACACCCGUGGCAACCUGGCCAUCAAUUCGCUCAACAACAACACAACCCCAGGCCAGGCCCUUGUGGUGGAGAUCAUCCUCACCUUCCAGCUGGCUGUGUGCAUCUUUGCGUCCACAGACAACCGGAGGAAUGGCAACGUGGGCUCCCCAGCACUGUCCAUCGGCCUCUCCGUCGCUGUCGGCCAUUUGGUGGGGAUCUACUUCACCGGCUGCUCCAUGAACCCAGCCAGGUCCUUUGGGCCCGCAGUCAUUGUCAGGAGGUUCAGCUCCGCACACUGGGUGUUCUGGGUUGGGCCCAUCCUUGGGGCUUGCUUGGCUGCUCUGCUGUACUUCUACAUCCUCGUCCCCUACUGCAUGAACAUGUCAGACAGGGUUGCCAUCGUCAAGGGCACCUACGAGUCAGAGGAGGAAUGGGAAGAGCAGAGAGAGGAGAGGAAGAAGUCCAUGGAGCUGACCCCACCAUAGGAGCAGAUGGGGAAAACAGGCAGAAGGAGGGGAGGACACCCCACACAUGGGCUCAUGUGUGCAUCAAAACCAGGAAUGAACACAUCCAGCUACAGUAGACUCUUAAGCAAAAGUCUUCUAACUCAAAGGCCAUCCAUGACUAAGAAAGAAGAGAACAUUGCAGUGUGUGUAUAUAAUCUCUCUACAUGAGCACGAGUGCUAGAAGCUCUCCUACCCUAACUGCAGCCAGCUAAGCCCAGUGAAGGAGUCUCAGCCCAGGACAGCCUUCCGUUGUGCUUUCACACCCACUCGGCUGCAUCCAUGCCCUUCUAGGUGUGAUAUUUGCACAAUUCAGAGAUGCCUGAGACCACACAUUUGGCCCACGCAGGAUUUCAGCCCUGCCUUCUGUGGCCCAGGGGAUGGAAACACCAGCAAAGAAGAACGACCAUUUUGGGCAGGUGGGUGCAGCAAAAUCCCCCUUUUUCUCCCCACCCAUUCUGCUCAUAGAUGCUCUUUCAUGCAUUAGCUGGUGCUGUUUAUUCAUGGCUGCAGAAAAAAUGCAUUUUUUUUUUGAUUUUUGUGUGAGUUCUUUGUAAUAUAGUUUAUUAUUUAUUGUGAAUAAAGGAAACUUAAAACACA